GAGGCGGCGCGGGUGAAGCAGCGGCGGCGGCGAGAAGGGAGCAGCGUCCCUCGUACCCGGCGGAGAAUGAUGAAGUCCUCUUUACAUGCAGAAGAGGAUGAUUUUGUGCCUGAGCUUCACAGAAGUAUCCAUCCCCGUGAAAGACCAGAUUGGGAAGAGACCCUCAAUGCAAUGGCAAGAGGAGCAGACAUCCCUGAGAUUUCUGGAGAGUUAUCCUUGCGUACCUGCGGCAGCACAGCUAGCAUGAAAGUGAAGAAUGUGAAAAAAUUGUCCUUCACCAAAGGCCAUUUUCCAAAGAUGGCAGAAUGUGCACACUUCCAUUAUGAAAAUGUGGACUUUGGCAAUAUACAGCUUUCACUCCCCGAGGAACAGAAUGAAGUAACAAGAAAUGGCUGUGAGUCCAAGGAGCUUGUCUACCUGGUACAAAUCUCUUGCCAGGGCAAGAGCUGGAUUGUGAAGAGGAGUUAUGAAGACUUUAGAGUACUUGAUAAACAUCUUCAUCUAUGUAUUUAUGAUCGACACUUUUCUCAGCUCUCAGAGCUACCCCGUUCUGAUGCCCUGAAGGAUAAUCCGGAGCUUGUUACCCAGAUGCUGAUGGCUUACCUGUCCCGACUCUCAGCCAUUGCUGGCAACAAGAUAAAUUGCGGUCCUGCUCUCACGUGGAUGGAGAUUGAUAAUAAGGGGAAUCGCCUCCUAGUACAUGAGGAGUCAUCCAUUAAUGUUCCUGCUAUUGCAGCUGCUCAUGUUAUCAAGAGAUACAUUGCCCAGGCAGCAGAUGAACUCUCCUUUGAGGUUGGAGAUAUUGUUUCUGUUAUUGAUAUGCCUCCGAAAGAAUUGACCACUUGGUGGAGGGGGAAACAUGGAUUUCAGGUGGGAUUCUUUCCUAGUGAAUGUGUUGAACUAAUUAACGACAAAGUCCCUCAGUCAGUGACCAAUUCUGUACCAAAGCCAGUGUCUAAAAAACACGGCAAGCUUAUUACUUUCUUGCGUACAUUCAUGAAGUCUCGACCAACAAAGCAGAAACUGAAACAGCGUGGGAUCUUAAAGGAGAGGGUAUUUGGCUGUGAUCUUGGAGAACAUCUUCUCAACUCUGGCCACGAUGUUCCCCAGGUCCUCAAGAGUUGCACUGAAUUCAUUGAAAAACAUGGUAUUGUGGAUGGAAUCUAUCGUCUGUCUGGGAUCGCAUCCAAUAUCCAAAAGUUACGGCACGAGUUUGACUCCGAACAAAUCCCCGACUUGACAAAAGACGUCUAUAUUCAGGAUAUACACUGUGUGGGUUCACUUUGCAAGCUCUAUUUUCGAGAGCUCCCCAAUCCUCUGCUCACCUACCAGCUCUAUGAGAAAUUUUCAGAUGCUGUAUCUGCUGCUACCGACGAAGAAAGACUGGUGAAAAUCCACGAUGUCAUCCAGCAGUUGCCACCACCACACUACAGGACUCUGGAGUUCCUUAUGAGGCAUUUGUCAUACCUGGCUGAAUAUUGUGCCAUCACAAACAUGCAUACCAAGAACUUAGCCAUUGUCUGGGCACCAAACUUACUAAGAUCAAAGCAGAUAGAAUCUGCUUGCUUCAGUGGAACAGCAGCUUUUAUGGAAGUGCGAAUCCAAUCCGUGGUUGUGGAAUUCAUUCUCAAUCACGUGGAUGUCCUUUUCAGCUCUAAACUCAGCUCUGUCAUUCGAGAGAGUGCAGGUCACAGUUCCUUGUCACGACCUAAAUCUUUGCUGGUGUCCUCCCCGUCCACAAAGCUGCUUACCUUAGAGGAGGCCCAGGCCAGGACUCAGGCUCAAAUAAAUUCUCCAGCCCUGACUGACAGCAAGUACAUCGAAGUAGGCGAAGGACCUGCUGCUUUGCAGGGGAAGUUCCAUACCAUCAUAGACUUCCCAUCUGAAAGAAAGAGGCCACCCAGUAAGAUGAAAAAAUCCCCCGUGGGCAGCUGGCGUUCUUUCUUCAACCUGGGAAAAUCAUCCUCGCUUUCCAAACGGAAACUGCAGCGCAACCCAAGCGAACCAUCCGAAAUGAAGGCAAUAGCUCUGGCAGGUGGAAGAGGAGACAGUGGAACCUUGCGCUCCGCCAAGAGCGAAGAAUCUCUCUCAUCUUUGCAUGCAAUAGAUGGUGAGUCUAAACUGUUUCGACCCCGAAGACCAAGAUCGAGCAGCGAUGCUUUAUCAGCUUCUUUCAAUGGGGAACUGUUGGGGAACAUGAAUCGCUGCAAUUCUUACGACAAUCUGCCCCACGACCAAGAAAGCGACGGCGACGAGGGGCAUCUACAGGUUCCUGCCCUCAUUUCUCCCAGGUCGGCAGAGGACGUCGACCUGAGCCCGCCAGAGAUUGGGGUGGCUAGCUUGGAUUUCGACCCGAUGUCCUUUCAAUGCAGCCCACCCAAAGCAGAAUCGGAGUGUCUUGACAGCAGCACUUCCCUGUUGGAAUCUGUGGACUAUAACAAGGAUAAGCCAAGCCUCUUUAAGAAAGAGCUAGACUCGGGCAGCCAAUCUCAUACGCCCUGCAGUGCCACCAGCUCGGAACCAGUUUCUCCCUACCAAGAAAAAAACCCAAGUCCCUUCUUCACCCUGGAUUUGAGCCCAUCUGAAGAGAGACCAUCAAAACUCCUGUCUUUCUCCGAGAAGCUCACCUGUGCCUAUUCCCCCAAGUCAGGUCAAAAGCCAGUCAGAUCUCCGCCACUCGCUGCAUCAGAGCCCGUUCCUUAUGCUGUCCCCAGCCGCAUGCCAGACGUGGUUAUUGGAGGCGUGUCAGAAAGUGUCGGCCCUUUGGAUUGGGCUAAAAAAAACGUCGACAACAACGAAACGUCCGGCAUGUCCCCUCUGAGGAGCAUUGAAAGUAGGCAUGAUGAAGAACACCAGCAAGAACUCCAGAACGCCGGAGAUACCAAGAAAGUAGAGCUUCAAGAAGAGGUUGCGCUCAGCAGCGGCCAGAGUAAGCCUGUACCUUCUGGACUGACACAGCCAGGAGCUGUUGCCCUUGUCACCCCCCAGGAUUCUGUUCCAGUCAAUUCUGUUUCUGUUGUCCCUCCUCCACCUCCGAAAAAUGCCGCCCGCAUCCUGGCUCUAGCCCUGGCCGAAUCUGCCCAACAAGCUUCAGUUCAGUCCCAGAAGAAGCCAGAUAUUUAUUCAGACUGUAACAACUGUGAGAGUGCAGGAACUCUAGAAAAAUUCCACCCAUAUCCCAGCUCUUCUUCGGAAAAGCUCCAGUUCUAUGCUGCUCUUCCAGAGAACCCGCUCACUUUUCAGAUGAUGGGGGAUCUUCCGAGAAGCGGGUUGCCCUUAGUUCAGGGCCCCCAAAGCAGUGGCACAUCUGAAGGCGACAACCACCUCCACGUUGGCAUGUCUGAACAUCGGGACCUCUCCUCUUUCUCAAAUAACAUGGCAGGAGACCUUCAUGGAGGUACUAACAUGGGUUGGGAUCACUCUCACUUCUAUCCAUGUACAGUGGGGGACACGCAUCUUCUUACUCAGUCUUUUACCUCUGAAGAACAGAGUCAUCCUCAUGCUUGUCCUGGACGAACUGUCCAGGCCGAGUCAUCUACAGCGGAGAUACCACUAGAAAGUCCUCCACUCCACGCUGGUGUCCCUUUGGAUAAGAACCCAACCCAGGCCACCAAGAUUCAUCUUCCCCUCUGUAAAGUGGAGGACAGACUACCUUUUCCUUCAGUCACUCCUGGGGAGAAAAACGUCCCCGCAGAUCUGGCCUGCGUAAUGAAGAACCACCCAGCGGCUGCCAAACCUAAUCCUGGCAUGUCCAGACAGAAUGUCCCACCUCCGCCUUCCACAGUCACCGGCAACAUUACGUGGGGGGAGGCAGCUCUUCCUGCAGGAGGCCACCAAGUUCUACCCGUGAGACCAGGGGACCAGCCAGCCGUGGGACAGACUCCUCCCAAGAAACCUUCAGGAGGCUUCAGUCAGGUACAAGGAGAGACAACUCCAGACAAAUUGCUGGAGCCUAGAACAGCUGAGCCGGCUCCCGUCUUGGGUGCUGAGGCCAGCGCUACAAUUCAGUGCACUUCAGCCACCCCAGUGGCUCUGUUUCAUCAGGGACAUUUGGAGAAACCCCGAGAAAAUGCCAGGGCGCCACCUUUACAGAUGAGGUCCGAAUCUGUCCCAGCUCAAUCAUCAUACGCUUUCAUGCCUCCAGUACCGCCAGUGAGGACAAUGGAGAGCAAACUUGCAGCCGCCAUGCAUUCCAACAGCACCGAUACGAUAAACCCUGCCAAUUUCCAUGCUUUUAUGGCAUCUUCCUCAUUGCCACUAUCAGCAGAGGAUGCGUUGGCAACCCCUGCCCUGUCUAAGCAAGCAUCCCUUCCAUCAGCUUAUUUCCUUCCCUCCAAGUCAGAAAGCAUGCCGGAGCCUCCAGUGCAUCCCAAACCCUCAUCGGCUCACCAAUACAGGGCUGAAAAUAGCCAACCCCAGCUUUUUCACAGCAAGUCUGAGCAGCAUCCGGGCUACCCUUCUCUGUCGGAGACUCCCCCUUCCUUGGGGUCCCGAUAUAAUGCGUACGCCAGUCAAGGAAAGAGCUCGUACAUUCAUUACGCCAAGCCUCGCAGUCGGAUCGACUAUCUGUCUUCCCUAAGCCCAACGAUGAGGAGUAGCAGCUGUGCGGAGGAAGCCCCACCCUACCCCACCAUCCGGAGGGUGCAUUCUCUGCACGUGUCCACCCCAUCCGCCAUCCGAUCGGUUCCCAUCUCCCGCACUGAGGUGCCUCCUGAUGACGAUCCUCUUUACUGCCCUAGACCCCUCCUCCAAUACAAGCCAUAUCAGCCCCAUGGAGAUUAUCAUGUCACUCAGUUGCAACCUUAUUUUGAGAAUGGCCGGGUUCAUUACCGAUACAGCCCUUACUCCAGUUCCUCCAGCCUUUCUUGCUACACCACAGGCGAGGGCGGUUUUUACGACUUGGACCCUUAUGGUACAAUGAGGUUGAGGCAGUUCCAUCCUCCCCCAGGCAAAGAGUUUCCCUCCUACUCCAAGUUACCGACUAAGAACCUCUAUCGCUGUCCUGGUUUACCACCUUACUCUCGAGGAGGCCUUCCUGGGCACCUAGCAGGCAAAGAGCACAGUUUCAUUAGCAGGGAUGUGCCUCCUGCCCCUGACGUCAAACCCAUGUAUGCCUCCUGGGACUUGGAAGAUAUGGAGAAAUACUGCAUGCAGUCCAUCCGCCGAGAGAGCCGUGCCCGCCAGAAAGUCAAGGGGCCGGUCAUGUCCCAGUACGACAAUGUAGCCCCUUUGUUGCAAGAGGAGGUACGGGCCACGGACAUUGUUCACUUGCGUAGCAAAUCUGAUCCUGGGAAAACUGGACUCCUCACUGUUGCUGACGGGAAAGAAGGGAGAUAUCUAAGCAAAGGAGGGGCCCCCGAGGGAGAGGAACACUACUAUGGGCCCCAGCUGGAACCGGACAUCGACAGAGCCCAUUACCGUGGGGGUUAUGGGACUGGACAGUCAGAGAAACCUCUGCUCCCUCAGAAGCAAAGCAGUCUCAGGAGCAGGAAACCGCCUGAGGUCGGUUGCAAUUUCACUGAGUACAGAAUGCACCUUGCACACGAAGUGGCCCACCAGCAGCCGCCGGAUGCUAAAAACGCCCCUCCCUACCCCGAUUACCGACCAAAGGGCCACCCGUCGGAACACACAGAAUCCCUGAUGUAUCAGCACUCAGGUGGGAAAUACAUCCCGGCCAACCAUGACGUGGUGAGACUAAACCACAAAGAGGCGAAGCUGGCUGAGGACGGAGAACGGGCUCGAUCGAGACACCCAGCUGCUCCAGCUGAAAAGCACUCCAGAGACUGCCAUAAAGAAAGCGAGCACUAUGGGCAGCCUCCGGGCCCACCGCCUAAGCCAGAGCGGAGCCAUAGCCUCCGGUUCCAGCACUCCGAGAUUACACAGCGGGAUGCUGGUCUCCUGUACCCAUACCAAACCCUUGGCAAACGCCAAAGUACAAUGACUGUGGUAUCCCAGUAUGAUAAUUUGGAUGAUUACCAUACCAUGCCUCAGCACCAAAGAGGGGGAUACUCUGGAGGAGGGGGAGUUGCACCUUCUUUUCCUCAUCCACACAAUAGUAGGACUUACGCCACAGCUUUGGGCCAAGGAGCAUUUCUGCCAUCUGAGCUUUGCCUUCAGAGGCCAGAGACAGAAGUCCAUGCAGAGUGAGCUCAGGGGGGGCCGAAGAGAUAGAGUGUUAGCAGCCUCUGCUGGACAGUGGACUGGUUUUAUUUUUUCAAUGAUGCACAAACAUGCACACGAACACACAAAACCAACUCCUUCCAUUAGCCCUGUUGAGUUUCUGCUCUGUCCAGUCCUCAUGCCGCUUAUAGGGGAUGACUUCUUUUUAAAUAAACACUAAAUGUAUAGUUUUAUCCCAUCGUUUAAACGUAGCUUGCAGCAAUCACACAGGCUUUUUUUUUUUUUUUUGUUAAAACUUGAAGACGCAACCGGUCUCCAGGAAGAGCAGCAUUAAGGACGAAGAGAGGCUGGUCGCGCUGUGAAUGAUUCUCAGUUCCCAUAGAUUUCAACUCAUGGUGUUUCUCUUUAGCGGUCCCUGUCUUUUAAAGCCACACGCAUGAUGUACGUAUUGAUAGGCUAACACAGACGUUUCUUCUCCAGGCAAAAGUCCCCUUGUAUGUGAUCUUUUAGAGGAAGUUUCACGGAAUGCCAAGCUUCAGUAAACAUUUUAACUUGGUCCUUUCGGGUUUUACGCCUCAAAUUCUAGGGAAAAAAAAAAGAUUUUGCAUCGUGUGUUAUUCUCCCUUUAGUUAUACCGCCACUUCUUAGAUCUUUUUUCACCCUCAAUUUUGCUUUCCCUAUUUGUCAAGGUGAAAGCCAGUCCCUUAUUGGGCGACUGGUAUCGGUGAGCUCUCAGGCAUGUUACCUGGUCUAUUUCCCCAUGAAAGAAAUAUAUAAUAAGCUGCUUCGUAUAUUUGAGAAGGGAGCGGUGGGUGGGUGGGAAGGGAACCAUUCAUACAUUAUAAACAGAGUUUUGCUUCGCCAGGCCUACAGGCUGUGCCUCUAUUCUCUCAUAAAGGGAAUCAUCUUCCUGAACAUCUUUUCCAUAGCAAAUGGCGUAUCUUGCAAAAGCUUCUGAACAACAGAAUAUCCAGGGAUUUUUCUCCUGAGUUGAGAGCCAUUGAAAAACGCCACGCUGGGCUCCUUUCCCCCCCAGUCGCGGAUAACAAGAGAAUCGCGAUGCGUUUCAUCGUUUUAGCAGUGUAAAUUUAUUUCAACGUUGUUAUUAAGUAGCCUUGUGCCUAGCCUAACCGACAGCGGUCUAGAAAACAAUUCCACAUGUCUUUCUGAUUGCUCAGUUGGUGCUGCUGAUCAACUGAUCCUGGUACGGCUCAUCAUUAUGACGUGGCGAAGGUACUACAGAUGUAGGAACAUUCCAGUUGGUUUGAGGUGAGGGACAGCAAAACAUGUCCCAGUAUGCAGGCACCUGUUGUGUAGUGUUUAUAGGAUAGCAAUAGGUAGCCCUUAGUACUUACUUGGACUCUCAAACUUCCAGCAGUCCUAGCCAGCAUGAUAUUGGGAGCAGGCAAUGGAAAACGGUGGAGUGGCAAGAAGUGUGUGUGGGAGACCUGUGUGCAGUAGAUGGCCUGUUGGGUACGCAACUGUCUCUCACUUUCUAAAGUUUUGUUUUAAGAUGCCUGUUGAAAGGAGAAGCUUUGACUUGCUUUUCUGGAGAAGUUCUAAAUAUGCGCAGCUCUUAAUCCUUGUGUCCUUACCACAGAGGGAUCUUGGGUUUUCAUGCUGCCUUAGGCUAGCUCAAAGAACAUGUCAAUGUUCCGCUGUAAAAGUUUUCCAGAGUGGCCGGAGUCCAUCCCAGGAAUACAGUGCUUUGUUCUUUGAGGUCACCACAACAAUGUAAAGCUAGAAUGAGGCCCAUGGCACACAUCUGUGUCAUUUCUCUGUGUCUGGGCCCUUGUUCCAGAAUCAUUGAUGGGCAUUAACUUAGAAUACUACCUAUGUCAGUUUUCCCUUGAGCAACAUCAGGUAACUCACAAGGGUAACAAAAGCUUUUCAAAACCAGCAAAAUACCAGUUAUUCAGAUAGUUCUCUAACUACAGUCAAAUUACAUUCGUUUGGUUAUUACAGUGCAUAUUUCUUUUGAAGUUCCAAUUGUCUUAAGUACAGAUUUUAGUGGUCAGAAAAUUCACUGUGGUUUAAGCUUGCAUCUGUUGUCCUCCCCCCCUUUUUUUUAAAAAAAAACUAUUUGUUUGUGUUUGUUCAUGCUGCAUAAAUAAAUGUGAGAAACAGAGGAAGGGAGAUUCCAAUGCACUAAUGUCUGGAGCAAGCAGAUUUUUCUCUCUCUUUUUCCUAGGGUCUUUCCUUGCUCCUUCUAGCAAGCCCAGUUGUAACCCACAAAUGGCACAUGGCCAUUGUAGCUUCCAGCCUUUUGAUCUCUUGAUGUUCUGUUGGUGGAUGAUGAGUUACAUUGUUCAGUUUCCCUCUAGAAUUAGGACAAGGAUAUACCAUUAUCCUUAGGGCAGUUAAGGUUCAGGUUGCAAUACCUACAGUUCAAACUUGUAUCUUCACCAAAAAGAAAACCCAACUCUCCAUUUUCCUUGUAUUCUCUCCUUACAUUAGUCUUAAUCUAUCUGCUGCCCAGAACCAACCUGAUUUCUUUCCCUGUCUGUAACUCCUGUUUUUUGUCGCUCCUCUAACUGAGCUGAUGAUAAUAUGAUCUGAUCUCUUUUUGGGGG